GCAACCGUAAAGCUGCGCGAGUGUGAGCGGUGCGGGGCUGCCUCUCAGCUCGCUGCGGGCCGCGCUUCUCUCCUAGCCCGGGCUUCCGCGGCCCCACGCCGCCCGAGCCAUGACGGGCGAGUCUGCGGACGUCCGGAAGCUCUUCAUCCUCACGACCACCCAGAAUUACUUCGGCCUGUGGCCGGACGCCGGCGACCCGCCCGCCCCGCACGGCCUCCCCGAGGUCAACAACUUCCUGGACGACGGCAACCAGAUGCUGCUGCGGGCGCAGCGCGGCGACGCGGGGCUCGUCUUCUCCACCGCGAUUGAUUUUGCUGAUACAAAAGAUAAAGUGCUGGUGUUUUUUAAGCUGCGACCAGAAGUAAUUACCGACCAGAAUCUACACAAUAAUAUACUUAUCUCAUCUAUGUUAGAUUCACCUAUAAAUUCCCUUUACCAAGCAGUACGGCAAGUAUUUGCACCAAUGUUGUUAAAGGAUCAGGAAUGGAGCAGGAGCUUUGAUCCUAAACUUCAGAAUCUCUUGAGUGAACUAGAAGCUGGGCUAGGUGUAGUUCUACGAAGAUCAGACACUAACUUGUCAAAAAUGAAAUUGAAGGAAGAUGAUGUAAGAGGCAUUCUUACACCAAGUGAUGAGUUCCAGUUUUGGAUAGAGCAAGCACAUCGUGGAAAUAAACAGAUUAGUAAAGAAAGAGCCACUUAUUUUAAAGAAUUAUUUGAAACAGUUGCAAGAGAAUUUUAUAAUCUGGACAGUCUGUCCUUGUUGGAAGUGGCUGACUUGGUGGAGACUACUCGGGACGUGGUAGAUGACGUGUGGAGACAAACAGAACAUGAUCACUAUCCUGAGUCUCGGAUGCUGCAUCUAUUAGACAUCAUAGGUGGUUCGUUUGGAAGAUUUGUUCAGAAAAAGUUGGGAGCUUUGAACCUGUGGGGAGAUGCUUACUAUGUUGUGAAAGAGAAUCUGAACGCUGGCAUCUCCAUUUGCGAGCAGUGGGUGAUGGCCUGUAACCAUCUCACGGGCCAAGUGUGGCAGCGCUUUGUUCCUCAUCCCUGGAAAAAUGAGAAGUAUUUCCCUGAAACUCUGGACAAGCUUGGGAAGCGUCUUGAAGAGGUCUUGGCUGUUAGAACAAUUCAUGAGAAACUUCUCUAUUUUUUACCGGAGAGUGAAGAGAAAGUCAUUUGUCUGGCUCGAGUGUUUGAACCUUUUACUGGCCUGAAUCCUGUUCAGUAUAAUCCGUACACUGAGCCUUUGUGGAAAGCUGCAGUGUCUCAAUAUGAAAAAAUUACUGCUCCUGCAGAACAAAAAAUAGCAGGCAAAUUGAAAAAUUAUUUUUCAGAAAUUCAGGAUAGUCCACAGCAGCUUCUUCAAGCAUUUCUGAAAUAUAAAGAGCUGGUGAAGAGGCCGACUAUAAGCAAAGAAUUGAUGUUAGAAAGAGAAACUUUAUUGGCAAGACUUGUGGAUUCAGUUAGAGAUUUUCGGUCAGACUUUGAGAAUCGGUGCCGGGGAACUCCUGGCGAUGCAUCUGGACCACUUUCUGGUAGAAACCUUUCAGAAGUUGUCAACAAUAUAGUUUGGGUUCGCCAAUUGCAGCUAAAGGUAGAUGAUACUAUCAAGAUUGCAGAAGCUCUUUUAUCAGACUUGUCAGGAUUUCGGUCUUUUCAUCGAAGUGCUGAAGAUCUCUUAGACCAGUUUAAACUUUAUGAACAAGAACAAUUUGAUGAUUGGUCCAGGGAUAUUCAGUCUGGUUUGUCUGACUCUCGAUCUGGAUUGUGUAUUGAAGCUAAUAGUCGAAUCAUGGAAUUGGAUCCUAGUGAUGGGUCAUUAAAAGUGCAUUAUUCAGAUCGUUUGGUGCUUCUUCUGAGAGAAGUUCGUCAGCUUUCUGCACUUGGAUUUGUCAUUCCAGCCAAAAUACAGCAAGUUGCAAACAUAGCACAGAAAUUCUGCAAGCAAGCAAUUAUUCUUAAACAAGUGGCACAUUUUUAUAAUUCUAUUGAUCAGCAAAUGAUACAGAGUCAGAGACCCAUGAUGUUGCAAUCUGCCUUAGCAUUUGAACAAAUAAUUAAGAAUUCCAAAGCAGGAAGUGGAGAAAAAUCACAAAUUACUUGGGACAAUCCUAAGGAAUUAGAAGGCUAUAUCCAAAAACUCCAGAACGCUGCUGAACGACUUGCCACUGAAAACAGAAAAUUGAGAAAAUGGCAUACUACAUUUUGUGAGAAGGUGGUAGUCCUUAUGAAUAUUGAUCUACUCCGGCAGCAACAGCGUUGGAAAGAUGGAUUACAAGAAUUGAGAACUGGUUUAGCAAGUGUAGAAGCACAGGGAUUCCAAGCAAGUGACAUGCAUGCGUGGAAGCAGCACUGGAAUCAUCAGCUGUACAAAGCUCUGGAGCAUCAGUACCAGAUGGGCUUAGAAGCGCUUAAUGAGAACCUGCCAGAAAUUAAUAUAGACUUGAUGUACAAACAAGGACGAUUGCAAUUCAGGCCUCCUUUUGAAGAAAUUCGGGCUAAAUAUUACAGAGAAAUGAGGCGGUUCAUCGGCAUUCCAAACCAGUUUAAGGGAGUGGGUGAGGCAGGAGAUGAAUCUAUUUUUUCUGUUAUGAUUGAUAGAAACGCAAGUGGAUUCCUGACUAUUUUCAGUAAAGCAGAAAAUCUGUUUAGGAGAUUGACAGCUGUUUUACACCAACACAAGGAAUGGAUUGUAAUUGGACAAGUUGACAUGGAAGCUCUAGUGGAAAAACAUCUUUCUGCUGUACAUGAUUGGGAGAAAAAUUUUAAAGCACUGAAAAUAAAAGGGAAAGAAGUAGAACGACUUCCUAGCACUGUCAAGGUAGACUGUUUAAAUAUUAACUGCAAUCCAGUGAAGACUGUGAUUGAUGACCUCAUCCAGAAGUUAUUUGACCUGCUUAUUCUUUCUCUUAAGAAGUCCAUCCAAGCUCAUCUGCAUGAAAUUGAUACGUUUGUUACGGAGGCUAUGGAAGUCUUAUCAGUUAUGCCACAGUCUGUGGAAGAGAUAGGUGAUGCAAAUGUGCAGUAUAGUAAGCUACAAGAAAAGAAGCCAGAGAUUUUGCCUUUAUUUCAAGAAGCUGAAGAUAAAAACAAACUUUUACGAACUGUAGCAGGUGGAGGUUUAGAAACAAUUAGUAAUUUAAAAGCUAAGUGGGAUAAGUUUGAGUUGAUGAUGGAAAGUCACCAACUUAUGAUUAAGGAUCAGAUUGAAGUGAUGAAAGGAAAUGUGACAUCACGUCUUCAGAUCUAUUAUCAAGAACUGGAGAAAUUUCGAGCUCGUUGGGACCAGCUGAAGCCGGGUGAUGAUGUUGUUGAAACUGGCCAGCAAAAUACACUUGAUAAAAGUGCUAAGUCAAUAAAAGAGAAAAAAAUUGAAUUUGAUGAUCUUGAAAUUACAAGAAAAAAGCUAGUUGAUGAUUGUCAUCAUUUUGGACUAGAAGAGCCCAACUUCUCUUUGGCAUAUAGCAUCUCUAAGGACAUUGAGAGUUGUGCACAAGUUUGGGCCCUUUAUGAAGAGUUUCAGCAAGGAUUUCAGGAAAUAGCCAGUGAAGAUUGGAUUACUUUCAGAUCUAAAACAUACCUGUUUGAAGAAUUUUUGAUGAAUUGGCAUGACAGAUUAAGGAAGAUUGAAGAGCAUUCAGUAAUGACAGUAAAAUUGCAAUCAGAAGUUGAUAAAUACAAAACUGUAAUUCCUAUCUUGAAGUAUGUAAGAGGGGAACAUCUUUCUCCAGAUCAUUGGCUUGACCUUUUUCGUUUGCUUGGCCUUCCUCGGGGGACUAGUCUAGAGAAAUUACUGUUUGGUGAUCUUCUCAGAGUCGCUGAUGCAAUUGUUGCCAAAGCUUCAGACCUUAAAGAUUUAAAUAGUCGGGCACAAGGUGAAGUUACAAUCAGAGAAGCUUUGCGUGAACUUGAUCUUUGGGGAGUUGGAGCUGUGUUCACACUGACAGAUUAUGAAGAUAGCCAGAGUCGAACUAUCAAGCUGAUUAAAGACUGGAAAGACAUAGUAAACCAAGUUGGAGAUAACAGAUGCCUUCUUCAGUCCUUAAAGGAUUCUCCUUAUUAUAAAGGAUUUGAAGAUAAAGUGUCUAUUUGGGAGAGAAAACUUGCAGAAUUAGAUGAAUAUCUACAAAAUUUAAACCAUAUUCAGAGGAAGUGGGUGUAUUUGGAGCCCAUUUUUGGCCGUGGAGCAUUGCCAAAGGAACAAACACGCUUCAAUAGAGUUGACGAAGAUUUUAGAUCAAUAAUGGCUGACAUUAAGAAAGACAAUAGAGUCGCAACAUUAACAACUCAUGCAGGAAUCAGAAAUUCUUUACUAACUAUACUUGACCAGCUUCAAAGGUGUCAGAAGUCAUUAAAUGAAUUUUUGGAGGAAAAACGUUCCUCAUUCCCUAGAUUUUACUUUAUUGGUGAUGAUGACUUGCUAGAAAUACUGGGCCAGUCUACUAAUGCAUCAGUGAUUCAGUCUCACCUUAAGAAAUUGUUUGCUGGUAUUAACAGUGUGUGCUUUGAUGGAGAAUCGAAACAUAUAAUUGCAAUGAAAUCCUUAGAGGGAGAAGUUGUACCUUUUAAAAAUAAGGUUCUUCUAUCAAAUAAUGUAGAGACUUGGUUAAGUGACUUGGCCUUGGAAAUGAAGCAAACUUUGAAAUUUUUAUUGAUGGAAUGUGUUACUUCUGGGCGAAGUUCCCAAGGUGCAAUUGACCCAUCUCUCUUUCCUUCACAGAUAUUAUGCUUGGCAGAACAGAUUAAAUUCACCGAAGAUGUAGAAAAUGCUAUCAAAGAUCAUAGUCUUCAUCAGAUUGAAACACAGCUUGUGAAUAAGUUAGAGCACUAUACUAAUAUUGAAACAAGUUCUGAGGAUCCAGGGAAUACUGAAUCUGGGAUUUUGGAGCUUAAACUUAAAGCACUAAUUCUUGAUAUUAUUCAUAACAUUGAUGUGGUGAAGCAGCUAAACCAGGCUCAGGUCCAUACACCUGAAGAUUGGGCGUGGAAGAAACAAGUCAGAUUCUAUAUGAAGAGCGACCAGACAUGUUAUAUUGAAAUGGUGGACUCUGAACUGCAGUAUACCUAUGAGUAUCAGGGCAAUGCUCCCAAGCUGGUUUAUACUCCAUUGACAGACAAAUGCUACUUAACUCUUACUCAAGCCAUGAAGAUGGGACUGGGAGGCAAUCCCUAUGGACCAGCUGGAACUGGAAAAACUGAAUCAGUAAAGGCAUUAGGUGGACUUCUUGGAAGACAAGUUUUGGUUUUUAAUUGUGAUGAGGGCAUCGACGUAAAGUCAAUGGGGAGAAUAUUUGUUGGUUUGGUCAAGUGUGGGGCCUGGGGAUGUUUUGAUGAAUUUAAUAGACUGGAAGAAGCUGUACUAUCAGCAGUUUCUAUGCAAAUCCAGACAAUUCAAGAUGCUUUGAAGAAUCAUAGAACUGUAUGUGAACUGCUUGGCCAGCAGGUGGAAAUAAAUUCAAAUUCUGGAAUCUUUAUAACUAUGAAUCCUGCUGGGAAAGGUUAUGGAGGAAGACAAAAACUGCCUGAUAAUCUGAAACAGCUCUUCAGGCCAGUGGCCAUGUCUCGGCCAGACAAUGAACUUAUUGCAGAAGUUAUUCUCUAUUCAGAAGGUUUUAAAGAUGCUAAAGUAUUAGGCAGAAAAUUGGUUGCUAUCUUCAAUCUAUCCAGGGAACUUUUGACACCUCAGCAGCAUUAUGAUUGGGGUUUGAGAGCUUUGAAGACAGUUCUGAGAGGAAGUGGAAAUCUUCUUAGACAAUUGAAGAAAACUGGCACUAAAGGUGAAGUGAAUGAAAGUCAUAUUGUGGUGCAAGCACUAAGGCUUAAUACCAUGUCGAAGUUCACCUUUGCUGACUGCGCUCGGUUUGAUGCACUGAUUAAAGAUGUGUUUCCUGGGAUUGACUUUAAAGAAGUAGAAUAUGAUGAACUGAGUGCUGCCUUAAGGCAGGUCUUUGAGGAGGCCAAUUACGAGAUCAUACCCAAUCAGAUCAAAAAGGCUUUAGAAUUGUAUGAGCAGUUAUGCCAGAGGAUGGGUGUUGUUAUCGUUGGUCCAAGUGGUGCUGGAAAAUCAACUCUUUGGAGAAUGUUAAGGGCAGCACUUUGUAAAAUUGGCAAAGUGGUAAAACAGUAUACUAUGAAUCCCAAAGCUAUGCCUAGACAUCAGUUACUAGGUCAUAUUGACAUGGAUACAAGAGAAUGGUCUGAUGGUGUUUUGACAAAUAGCGCUCGCCAAGUUGUACGAGAACCACAAGAUAUCAGCUCAUGGAUAAUUUGUGAUGGUGAUAUUGACCCUGAAUGGAUAGAAUCUCUAAAUUCUGUUCUGGAUGAUAACCGCCUACUCACCAUGCCCAGUGGAGAAAGGAUUCAGUUUGGCCCAAAUGUUAACUUUGUAUUUGAAACUCAUGAUUUAAGUUGUGCCUCACCGGCCACAAUAUCUAGAAUGGGAAUGAUUUUUCUUAGUGAUGAAGAGACGGAUCUUAAUUCUCUGAUAAAAUCUUGGUUGAGGAAUCAGCCUCCAAAAUACAGGACUAAUCUUGAAAAUUGGAUUGGAAGCUAUUUUGAAAAGGCUUUACAGUGGGUUUUAAAGCAGAAUGACUAUGUAGUAGAAACCAGUUUGGUUGGAACUGUGAUGAAUGGUCUUUCACAUCUACAUGGAUGCCAAGAGUAUGACCAAUUUGUCAUUAAUCUCAUAAGAGGACUUGGUGGAAAUUUGAAUAUGAAGUCACGCCUGGAAUUCACCAAAGAGGUGUUUAAUUGGACACGAGAAUCUCCUCCAAACUCUCACAAGCCGCUGGAUACCUAUUAUGACUCUGAUAGAGGGCGACUAGAAGCGUAUGUGCUGAAGAAGCCGGAGAACUUGGCUGCUGAUGAUUUCAGCAACAGUCAUACCCUCCCAGUGAUCCAGACUCCUGACAUGCAGCGAGGUCUAGAUUAUGUCAAACCUUGGCUAAGUUCUAAUACUAAACAGCCAUUUAUUCUUGUAGGACCAGAAGGAUGUGGCAAAGGGAUGCUGCUGAGAUAUGCUUUCUCCCAACUCCGGUCUACUCAGAUCGCUACAGUUCACUGUAGCGCACAGACAACCUCCCGGCAUCUCCUGCAGAAGCUGAGUCAGACUUGCAUGGUGAUCAGCACUAACACAGGUCGGGUAUACAGACCGAAAGAUUGCGAAAGACUUGUUUUAUACUUAAAGGAUAUCAACCUACCCAAGCUGGAUAAAUGGGGCACCAGUACUUUGGUGGCUUUCCUCCAGCAGGUAUUGACAUAUCAAGGAUUUUAUGAUGAAAAUUUGGAAUGGGUUGGUUUAGAAAAUAUUCAAAUUGUGGCUUCUAUGUCAGCUGGAGGAAGACUGGGAAGACACAAGCUUACUACCAGAUUUACAUCUAUUGUUCGUGUUUGUGCUGUAGAUUAUCCAGAAAGAGAGCAAUUACAGACAAUUUAUGGAGCAUAUUUGGAGCCAGUGCUACACAAAAAUCUGAAGAAUCAUCCAAUUUGGGGUUCUUCAUCAAAAAUUUAUCUUUUAGCAGGAUCCAUGGUCCAGGUAUAUGAACAGGUGCGGGCUAAAUUUACAGUUGAUGACUAUAGCCACUAUUUCUUUACGCCUUGUAUUCUUACCCAGUGGGUUCUUGGCUUAUUCAGAUAUGACUUAGAAGGAGGUUCAUCAAACCACCCCUUAGAUUACGUGUUAGAGAUUGUAGCAUAUGAAGCACGACGCUUAUUUCGGGACAAAAUUGUUGGUGCAAAGGAACUUCAUUUAUUUGACAACAUUUUAACAUCAGUGUUUCAAGGAGAUUGGGGCUCAGAUAUACUAGACAAUAUGGCAGAUAGUUUUUAUGUUACAUGGGGAGCCCAGCAUAAGUCUGGAGCAAGGGCAGCCCCGGGACAGCCAUUGCCUCCACAUGGAAAGCCACUUGGAAAACUCAACUCUGCAGAUCUCAAGGACGUUAUUAAAAAGGGUCUGAUCCAUUAUGGACGAGAUAACCAGAACUUAGACAUCUUGCUUUUCCAAGAAGUCCUGGAGCACACGUCCAGGGUGGACAGAGUGCUGAGCUUUCCCGGGGGCUCGCUCCUGUUAGCAGGGCGCAGUGGCGUGGGGCGUCGCUCUGUCACUUCUCUGGUCAGUCACAUGCAUGGAGCAGUCCUGUUUUCUCCAAAGAUUUCCAGGGGAUAUGAGCUGAAGCAGUUCAAAAAUGAUCUUAAACAUGUCCUGCAUCUUGCAGGCAUUGAAGCACAACAGGUGGUUUUACUCCUGGAAGAUUAUCAGUUUGUUCACCCUGCAUUCUUAGAGAUGAUCAAUAGCCUGUUGUCUUCAGGUGAAGUUCCUGGACUCUAUACUCUUGAAGAAUUAGAGCCUUUGCUAUUACCUCUGAAAGAUCAAGCUUCACAAGAUGGUUUUUUUGGGCCAGUUUUCAAUUACUUCACAUAUAGAAUUCAACAAAAUUUACACAUUGUUUUGAUAAUGGAUUCUGCAAAUAUAAACUUCAUAAUAAACUGUGAGAGUAAUCCAGCCCUGAAUAAGAAAUGCCAGGUCCUGUGGAUGGAGGGUUGGUCAGAUAACAGUAUGAAGAAAAUACCUGAGAUGUUAUUCAAUGGAGCAUGUGAAGAUAAGCAUAGAGACAAAAAAAGAAAAGAAGAAAAGAAAAAAAACUCAGGUGAUCCUGAUUUUCUGAAGUCAUUUUUAUUAAUUCAUGAAUCUUGUAAAGCAUAUGGUGCUACCCCAAGCCGAUAUAUGACCUUUUUACAUGUGUAUUCUGCCAUUAGUAGCAGCAAGAAAAAGGAAUUAUUAAAAAGACAAAGUCAUUUGCAGGCUGGUGUCUCUAAACUAAAUGAAGCUAAAGCUCUUGUGGAUGAACUGAACAGAAAAGCUGGAGAACAAAGUGUGUUGCUUAAAACUAAGCAAGAUGAAGCAGAUGCUGCCCUUCAAGAGAUCACAGUGUCGAUGCAGGAUGCUAGUGAGCAAAAGACAGAACUCGAAAGAUUAAAACACAAAAUAGCAGAAGAAGUUGUUAAAAUUGAGGAACGGAAAAACAAAAUUGAUGAUGAAUUAAAAGAAGUACAGCCUCUAGUCAAUGAAGCUAAACUAGCAGUUGGAAACAUUAAACCAGAAUCUCUUUCAGAAAUCCGUUCAUUGCGUAUGCCACCUGAUGUCAUCAGAGAUAUUCUUGAAGGAGUCUUAAGGUUGAUGGGUAUCUUUGAUACUUCUUGGGUGAGCAUGAAAAGUUUCCUCGCAAAAAGAGGUGUGAGAGAAGACAUAGCGACCUUUGAUGCACGAAAUAUUCCAAAGGAAAUAAGAGAGAGUGUUGAAGACCUUCUUUUUAAAAAUAAAGGAUCUUUUGACCCAAAGAAUGCUAAACGUGCGAGUACUGCAGCUGCUCCUCUGGCUGCCUGGGUUAAAGCCAAUGUACAGUAUUCCCACGUCUUGGAACGAAUUCAGCCUUUGGAAACUGAGCAAGCUGGGCUAGAACUGAAUUUGAGGAAAACUGAAGACAGAAAAAGGAAACUAGAAGAGCUUCUUAAUUCUGUUGGUCAGAAGGUAUCAGAACUCAAGGAGAAAUUUCAGAGCAGGACUUCAGAAGCUGCCAAACUUGAAGCUGAAGUAAGCAAAGCACAGGAAACAAUUAAAGCUGCAGAAGUUUUAAUCAAUCAGCUUGAUAGAGAACACAAGAGGUGGAAUGCACAGGUUGUGGAGAUAACAGAGGAGUUAGCAACUCUCCCUAAAAGAGCUCAGCUUGCCUCUGCGUUUGUUACUUACCUUUCUGCUGCCCCUGAGGGGCUGAGGAGAACCUGUUUGGAAGAAUGGACAAAGUCUGCUGGUCUUGAAAAAUUUGACCUGAGAAGAUUUCUUUGUACUGAGAGUGAGCAGUUAAUUUGGAAAAGUGAAGGUCUCCCAUCAGAUGACCUUUCCAUAGAAAAUGCUCUUGUCAUCUUGCAGAUCAUUGGUUUGCAGUCAUGGAGUCGAGUAUGCCCAUUCCUUAUAGACCCUUCUUCCCAAGCUACAGAAUGGUUAAAAACACAUCUGAAAAACUCACGUUUGGAAGUUAUUAACCAGCAGGAUAAUAACUUUAUCACAUCUCUUGAGCUGGCAGUACGUUUUGGAAAAACUCUUAUAAUACAAGAGAUGGAUGGCGUAGAACCCGUCCUUUAUCCAUUAUUGAGACGAGACCUGGUUGCUCAAGGACCACGUUAUGUGGUACAAAUAGGUGACAAAGUCAUUGACUACAAUGAGGAGUUUCGUCUUUUUUUGUCAACAAGAAACCCAAACCCUUUUAUUCCACCGGAUGCAGCUUCCAUUGUUACUGAGGUCAACUUUACUACAACACGAAGUGGACUAAGAGGACAGCUUUUGGCUUUAACGAUUCAACAUGAGAAACCUGACUUAGAGGAACAGAAAACAAAACUAUUACAACAGGAAGAAGAAAAGAAAAUACAGUUAGCCAAGCUUGAGGAGUCUCUUUUAGAGACACUUGCCACAUCUCAAGGUAAUAUUUUGGAAAAUAAAGAUUUGAUUGAAUCUUUGAAUCAGACAAAAGCAAGCAGUGCACUUAUUCAAGAGUCACUUAAGGAAUCUUAUAAACUCCAAGUUUUCCUUGAUCAGGAGAGGGAUGCCUACCUGCCUCUGGCUGAGAGUGCCAGCAAGAUGUUCUUCAUCAUCUCUGACUUGUCCAAGAUCAAUAACAUGUAUCGGUUUAGUUUGGCUGCAUUUCUUCGACUUUUCCAGCGAGCUCUGCAAAACAAACAGGAAUUUGAAAAUACAGAACAGAGAAUCCAGUCUCUUAUCAACUUACUAAAACAUACGGUAUAUGAAUAUAUAUGUCGUUGUCUGUUUAAGGCUGAUCAGUUGAUGUUUGCUUUGCACUUUGUCCGAGGCAUGCACCCUGAACUUUUCCAAGAAAAUGAAUGGGACACAUUUACAGGUGUGGUUGUUGGAGACAUGUUGCGGAAAGCUGAUUCCCAGCAAAGAAUCCGUGACCAACUUCCCUCUUGGAUAGAGCAGGAAAGAAGCUGGGCAGUGGCAACGUUAAAGAUUACUCUCCCUACUCUUUAUCAGACUCUCUGCUUUGAAGAUGUAGCUCUGUGGCGUACUUAUUAUCAUAACUCCAUGUGUGAGCAAGAGUUUCCAACUAUUCUUGCAAAGAAGGUUUCCUUAUUUCAGCAGGUUCUUGUUGUACAGGCUCUCAGACCAGACAGACUGCAGAGUGCCAUGUCUCUAUUCGCAUGUAAAACUCUGGGAUUGAAAGAAUUGUCUCCACUUCCUCUAAAUUUGAAGCGUUUGUACAAAGAGACAUUAGAAAUUGAACCCAUCUUAAUAAUCAUUUCUCCUGGUGCUGACCCUUCUCAAGAACUGCAGGAGCUUGCCAACACUGAAAGGAGUGGGGAGUGUUACCACCAGGUUGCCAUGGGUCAAGGUCAAGCUGAUUUAGCAAUUCAGAUGCUAAAAGAAUGUGCCCAAAAUGGAGACUGGCUCUGUUUGAAGAACUUGCAUCUUGUUGUUUCCUGGCUGCCAGUCCUGGAAAAGGAAUUGAAUAGUCUUCAACCUAAGGAGACCUUUCGUCUAUGGCUUACUGCAGAAGUUCAUCCCAAUUUUACACCUAUUUUGUUACAGUCAAGUCUGAAGAUAACAUAUGAGUCACCUCCAGGUCUGAAGAAGAAUUUGAUGAGAACGUACGAAUCUUGGACUCCUGAGCAAAUCAGCAAAAAAGACAAUGUGCACCGAGCUCAGGCACUCUUCAGUUUCGCAUGGUUUCACGCUGCAUGCCAAGAAAGAAGAAACUAUAUCCCACAGGGUUGGACCAAGUUUUAUGAAUUUUCUCUCUCAGAUCUUCGAGCUGGUUACAACAUUAUUGAUAGGCUCUUUGAUGGAACAAAGGAUAUUCAGUGGGAAUUUCUACAUGGUUUACUUGAAAAUGCAAUUUAUGGAGGACGUAUAGAUAACUCUUUUGACCUUAGAGUUCUUCAAUCAUAUCUGAAGCAGUUUUUCAAUUCUUCAGUAGCUGAUAUAUUAAACCAGUGGAGUAAGAAAAGUCUUUUCCCACAUAAUAUAUCUUUACCAAAAUCCUGCAGCAUAUUGGACUAUCGUGCUGUCAUUGAAAAACUUCCUGAGGAUGACAAACCUAGUUUCUUUGGUCUGCCUGCAAAUAUCGCUCGCUCAUCUCAGUGCAUGAUCAGUUCUCAGGUUAUCGCACAGUUGAAGAUCUUGGGCAGGUCAGUAACAGCUGGUUGCAAGUUUGACAGAGAAAUCUGGUCUAAUGAACUUUCUCCUGUCCUCAACCUCUGGAAAAAACUAAACCAGAAUUCAAACCUGAUUCAUCAGAAAGUGUCUCCUCCUAAUGAUCGACAAGGAUCUCCAAUGUUGUCAUUUAUUAUUCUUGAACAAUUUAAUGCCAUCCGCUUAGUGCAAAGUGUUCAUCAGUCUCUUGCUGCUCUCAGUAAAGUCAUCAGAGGAACGACGUUACUAAGUUCAGAAGUACAAAAAUUGGCAAGUGCAUUAUUAAACCAAAAGUGUCCUCUGACAUGGCAGAGCAAGUGGGAAGGCCCAGAAGACCCCCUGCACUACCUCCGAGGCCUGGUGGCGCGCGCGCUGGCCCUGCAGAACUGGGUCGACAGAGCUGAGAAACAAGCCCUUCUUUCUGAUACACUGGACCUGUCAGAACUCUUCCACCCAGACACAUUCCUCAAUGCUCUUCGCCAGGAAACUGCGAGGGCCAUGGGCUGCUCUGUGGACAGCCUCAAGUUUGUGGCCUCAUGGAAAGGUCGGCUGCAAGAAGCUAAGCUACAGAUCAAGGUCAGUGGGUUAUUACUGGAAGGAUGCAACUUUGAUGGAAAUCGACUUUGUGAAAAUCAGCAUGAUUCCCCUGGUGUGUCCUCAGUCCCCCCUUGUUUUAUGGGCUGGAUUCCACAGGGUGCGUACGGCCCGUACUCCCCCGAGGACUGCAUCUCCCUGCCUGUGUAUAGGAGUGCAGAGCGAGACCGCGUGGUGACCAACAUUGACGUGCCCUGUGGGGGCCAGCAGGACCAGUGGAUCCAGUGUGGGGCGGCACUGUUCCUGAAAAACCAGUGAAAGCUGCCCCAGCAACAAGGCACUUAAGCAGCUGCUCAAACGUGAGCAUCGAUACCUACCCCAUGUCGAUCUGACUGGGUUUUCUGACUUUGAUGGCAGUGGCAGCACUACAUUACUUUUUAAAGUAAUAAUGCAAUUUAUGCUAAAAUGGACUAUAUUCCUGUGAAGCAAUGCACAUUUACUGCAGAUGAAAAUAUAAUUUGGUUAUCUGUUUUGCAUCACUGCUAUUUAUAGUCCUUCCUAGUUUAAAAUAUAAUAGGUCAAUAUUUACAAAGAUGAUAUAGUUAAAAUAGCCUAAAGCAAAAUACACAGCAGCUGUAGAUUUGGUAAAUUCAUUUCCAAAUAAAAGUCUUCAUGAAAAGGUC